AUGGCUGAUGUCAACUUCGCUCUUACUGAUACUUCUAAAAAAGGUUUUUGGCGACGACAUACGUCCACUUUGCCAGGAGGUGUCAAGCCUGUGGAGUCAAAAACAGGGGCAACGAAGCUAGUGAUCGGGGCUCAAUACUCUUAUGGAGAAAUGUCAGCUGCCAAUGCUGUUGAAGUCAUAGGGAAUACGCAGACACAUUCUUCUAAUCAAGCGACUCGAGAUUUGCAUCAUAAAGAUCCUUCUUCAAACCCAUCUGUCAAUUUCUCAACCUUUAUGACGGAUACAAAUGAUGAUUGGAACGAUAAAUUAGAUAGUGAAGAUUUGUCGAGUGAUAAAUUGAAAAUUCAAAGUCAGCAAAAAAGUUCUCAACAGAAAAAAAAAGAAGUACCUGAACUAUUUAGUGUUCAGUCGAUUUCAGUUGAGAAAAGUAUCGGCAUAAAGGCUGAAAUUGCUGGACUAGUCCAAGAUCCCAUGAACUCGAUAAAUUCGUUGAAAUCAUCUGUCUCCGAUGCUAAUCGAAAUUCACGUAUUAAUAAAUUUAAAGACGUUUUACAAAGUCCUAAUGUUGAUUUAACUGCACUCAGACAACUUAGUUGGAAAGGUAUACCAGAUGAACUGAGACCUAUGGCAUGGCAAUUGCUUCUUGGUUAUCUUCCAUGUAAUUCUGAUCGUCGUGUAGCUACAUUGGCACGUAAGCGUAAAGAAUAUGAAGAUAGCGUCUCCCAAGCUUAUGCAAGGGGAGUUGCCGGGCUAGAUCAAACCAUAUGGCAUCAGAUUCAUAUCGAUGUUCCCCGAACAAACCCUGGUAUUGCACUUUACCAAUAUGAGACAACACAACAGUCUCUGGAACGUAUUCUAUAUGUUUGGGCGAUUAGACAUCCCGCUAGUGGGUAUGUUCAAGGAAUCAAUGACAUUGUUACGCCAUUUUUCACAGUAUUCUUGUCUGCUUACAUAGACGGAGAUCCAGAAACAUAUGAUCCAAGCUUACUUCCAAAAGAAGUGUUAACUGUUAUUGAGGCAGAUAGCUUUUGGUGUUUAUCUAAAUUACUCGAUGGCAUUCAAGAUAAUUAUACGUUUGCCCAACCAGGGAUACAAAGACAAAUAAGUACAUUAAAAGAUUUGAUAAAUCGAAUAGACGAGCCAUUAGCAACACAUCUCCGGGAGGAAGGCUUAGAAUUCAUUCAGUUUGCCUUCCGGUGGAUGAAUUGUUUGCUAAUGCGGGAGAUGUCUCUCAAGAAUACUAUUCGAAUGUGGGAUACUUAUUUGGCCGAAGAUUCUGAUGGUUUCUCAGAAUUCCAUCUAUAUGUAUGUGCGGCGUUUUUGGUUAAAUGGUCUGAUAAACUAAAGUCAAUGGACUUCCAGGGAAUUAUGAUAUUCCUACAAUCAUUACCAACUUCUAAUUGGGGCUACGAAGAUAUUGAACUUUUAUUAUCGGAGGCCUAUAUGUGGAAAA